AUGGAUAAAAUACUAAAAGUAGAUCAGGAUUUUUGGGAAAGUGAAACAAAUGAGAACUUCUAUGAAAGUGAAACAAAUCAGAAUUCUUAUAAAAGUAAAGCAAAUCAGAAUCUCAAUAAAAGUGAAGCAAGUCUGAACUCUAAUGAAAAUAAAAAUAAUCAUCCUAGUAAAA